CUCACUGGGUGAUGGGCGAGUGGGUGUGUGUUCAUUCAUAAAUACAAAUAUCUUUAAAACCCCCAAAUUAAAGGGAAGACCGAGGAAUCGCUUGCGAGCUCUUUGUCUCAUGGACCACAUGAAUUAUACUUAGGGGGGACACUCUCUCUGGCUUGGACCAUGAGCAAUGAGUCUGCCGUAUGGACAAACCUAACAGAACACCCUACAGAAGUCCCCCUGUCAACAGGGUCACAGAAUGGCUAUGUCCUCCUGCUGGUCCUCUUGUCCAUCUUUGUCGGGGGGACACUGGUCCUGCUGUCUGUCCUUCUGAUUCUCUGUCGCCACUGUUGUGAGGGGGACAGGCGUCAUGCGUGGUUCAUUCUUUGCCUCAGGGCUAGCGAUGAUGCAGAGAAAAGUAAUACCACGUAUAUUGAGGAGGCUCAGCCAGUGCAUGAGAUUACAAUUCGCAUUGAUGAGUCAGACUGCCUGUCGGCAGCCAGCUCCCACGACAUGGAGACGGAGCGUUUCCUCUCCACAGGCACCACCGGCCGUCGGGUCUCCUUCAACGAAGCGGCGCUCUUCGACCACAGCAAGAAGACGCAGGAGAAAGGUCGAAGGUACACGCUCACGGAGGGCGACUUCCAUCACUUAAAGAACGCGCGGCUCACCCACCUCCACAUCCCUCCCCCCGCCCUCCAGAUACUCACCAUCCACGAGUGUGAGUCAUCAGAGAACAAUAUUGCCAUGGCAACGCGCCCCGUUGCUAAAUCCAGCCUCUCAAUUUUUCAGCCGCCAGUGUGUUCACUGCCCAAGACUGCCCUGACCAGCCGGAGUCUCAGUCCCAGCUCUGCUCUUCCUGGAGACACUCUCAAUUCUAUAGUGGACACAAAGUUCUGUGAGAGCAGUGCAGUACCCGGUCCUGAGCCCACCAGCCCCUGUCUAAUGGAAGUAAGAGGAGGGGUCGCUAGGAACACAGGCAUCAUCGGUAAUGGUAGAGACGACACGUCUGCCUCAGCCACAGCCCUGCCGUCUUCUGGAGGGGCUCCACAGGGGCCCAUGCUGCAGUUCUUCACGAAGCUCCGUCGGCAUGCCAGCCUGGAGGGAGCGAGUCCCUAUUUAAAGAUCAAGAAAUGGAAGUUUGACAGCACCCAAAGGGCUUCAAGUCUGGACAUGAGAGGCUCUCCCAAACGAAGGCAGUUCCAGAGGCAACGUGCAGCCAGCGAGAGCAUGGACCAGGAAGAACAUGAAGCCCAUCAUAUCGACCUCAUCCAGUACAUCGCUCGCACCAAGGAUGUUACCUACUGCCCAACCCGGCCCAGCCCACGCCUCCUAUCUUCCCCUUCCACACCCCCAUCCUCCCUCGGCAGGUUAGAGGUGGAGGUGAUGGUGGAGCCCAGCUACAGCGGAGCAAUGGGCCCGGGGGUGAUCAGCCUCCCCUUCAAGCCCCCUCCGGAUGAGAGUCUUGGAAUGGGCUGUUGCCAGGACAGCUUAGAACCUCAGACCUUGUACCGUGAUAUUUGGACUCUUCGUGCCUCUCUUGAGCGGUAUAUCUCCUCCGAUCAGAGCAGCAACAAUGACAAAGACUCAGUCCGUAGUGAUGCAGACAGCAUAUGUUCUCUGGGGGGUAAAAUGGAGAUGGGAGGGCUGCCUAAAUACCCUUCACAGGAUAUUGGAGAUGAGAUGGAGAGGGAUGCCGACUUGCCUGUAGACAAAGUUCUUGAGAAAGGACACAAGCAGGAUAGUUUAGAUUCUGAACGGGGAAGUGACGGAGAGUCAGGAACCCGCAAGCUUCAGCAAAUGGACAGUGGUUAUGCAUCUAUAGAAGCUCCUUCACGAGCUCCUGAGGUGCUACGGCUGUUUGGAAGCAGCAGUAGCAGUAAAGAUGGUUCGGCUGUGGAGCGCAGGCAAUUCUUCAGUUCCGGAUGCAAGGGGACGGUGUGUGAGAGCUUUGACACGGACAUCUUUGAUGAAGAACUGGAAGAGGAACCUGCAGGUGCUAGUGGUGGCGUGGAUGGAGUGGAAACCGACGAGAGUACAAUUUUGCAGUCACCCUACGGCCAGAUGUUCACUCAACGUGACACUCAGCCUCAUCCUCCUGUCCUCUCUCGGCGUGACUACAGCAUUGAUGAGAAAACAGAUGCACUUUUCCAUGAGUUCUUGCGGCAUGAUCCACAAUUCGAUCUGCAGGAGUCUCCGCUACAUUCCAAGCAUCGUUCCCACGUGCACCUGCGCAAACAGUGGCAGCGUUCCAAGCAGUACAGUGACCCCGGCCAGCGCUUCCAGUCCUCUUUUGACCGGUACCGCACUCCUCUCCGUCGUGGUGAAACUGUCAACUAUCCUCUAGAGACUAGCUACCACAGCACACUCCCACAAAUUAUUAGCGCACCCAAUGAAGAGAGCAGCGAAGGUGCGACCAGCACUCCCAAAACACCCAAGGCAGAACAGGACACUGCUAGUCAGGAUACUUCUACUAAUAUUGACCCUGCAUCAGCAAAGGACACCAAGAUAUCUUUCAGCACUGACAGCAGUUGCACCAUUAAUGAAAAGGAAGUUCUUGAGGCAUCGCUGACCCCUUCAAUGACUGACACUGCUGGGGAGCAAUCAUUGGGCCUGGAGAACUCUAGAAAAGCGCCACUACCCCCUGAGCCUCUGGAAGAAUGUCUGCCAAAACAGCUUUCUGAAACAAGCUACGGCCCACAGACAAUCACAGAAGAGCUGAGCGACAAACUAGCAGCUACCCUUGAAGAACGGCUAUACUCUGAUCGCCGCAGAACCAGGGAACAGCCUGAGUGUAGUGCGGUGACUGUGACCUACACAUCGCCUGAUCACAAUCCAGUGUAGCAUGUGGCUCCUUUCACCUCCUCGCACAGGGACACUUCACAUCAACUACAGUUCCAAAGUUUUGAUUGCUUUUAAGCUUCGAUCUGGAACAGGUUUGCAAUGGUCAUUUCAAUCAUUGUCAUGUCCUAGAUGGUGGUAGAGACGUUUCUUCCAUGCCCAAAGUUAAAUAUAUGGAGAUUAGGGUUCAUAACUCAAAUGGCUCAACAUACCAAGUCUUUAACAAAUGAAAUGUCAAGUCUUUGUUAUUAAAGCACCCAUUUAGAUACUUGUUUGACAGCCAAUAUUUUCUCUGCACUAGAUAAUCCACUGUGAAAUUGGGUGCUAUUAUAAUUAAGAUUAAUUAUAUUUCUAAGUGCAUGAAUUAUACUGCAAUGCUGCCUAUCUGGAUGUCUGUUAAUGAAUUAUUUGACCUAUUUUAAAACACACAGGAUAGCCCUCCAUUCAGUUUGAUAUGGUUAUUUUGCUUUCUAAAGUUGUGGUAAAUUGAAAUACUAUUUAUUAUUGGAAUUUAAGUUUUUACUGGGUAGCCAGACCUGCUGUCCAAUUUUGUAAAAUCAAAUUUAAAAACCAAAACAAAAAAACAUUCUUUAAUCCUCUAAAAUAUAUAUGUCAUAAAGCCUGUGUUCCAAAUGAUUAACAAUCUGUCAAUGUGAUCGCCAUUCAAAAACAACAGCGUUACCUUUGUUCUAUAUGCUCCUUGUUGAUUAAUGUCUUUAUUUAUCUGAAACACCAUGGCAUAGGUCCAGUUCCUUAUCAAAUAUAGCUUUUGCUUCACAGUGUUUGAAAUCUGAGUAAAAUUAUAUGAAAUAUGUGUGGGGUUAGCUGCACUAUAACAUGAGGUAUGUUAGCUUGUUCCCCAAAUUCGAUAAAGUAUUAAGUGUCCUUUAUUAUAUAAUUACAAAUCAUUAUUUUAUAAUUGAAGUACUGAAUGGCUAAAACUGCCUCUUUGUGAGAGACUGUAAUUUUAUGUCCAUUGUAUCAUUAUUAUUAUUAUUGUGCUUUUCACCAUUUAAUUAUAUCAUUUGUUAUGCAUUGUUGAUUUUAUCUGUGAGAAUGAGAAAUAGAGUGAACUAUUUUUGAGUGCAUAGUGCCAAAUUGUCAUGUUAUACUUGGAUCAAAUGCCAAGACACAAAGAAAACACAGUCCUGCAAAAUAAGGAUUGUAGUAUCCUUGUUUUUGUACACACAGAUACGCCUCUCUAAGGGUUCAAUCAGGCCUGUGCCAUCCUGAGACAUUUUCAUUAAUUUGAGGAGGGCAUGUCUUGUCUUGCAUGUAUUUCACUGAAUUCUGUGUUCAUUAGUACAACCACAAUUCUGAAGAGGUGGGAUGCUGAGAUGCUUAUAAAAACAUAAAGGAGUGAUUUGUAAAUUAUAUUCACCCUUUGCCAUAUUGAAAGCACUACAACUACACAUUAUAUGAUGUUUUACCAUGUGAAUUUCAUUGUUUUGUUUUUUUAUGUACAGUAAUUUCAAAUCAGAUGAUUGCAACAUGCUCCAAAAAAGUUGAGACAGGGGCAAUUUAAGACUAAUAACAAUUUGACGAGUUAAAAUAAUAAGACAAUGUGAAACAGGAGAUGUUAAACAGGUGAGGCAAUUGUGUCAUAGUAGGAUCAUUCGAGACUUGUCAAUUUGCCAACAGAUGAUUCAACAAAUAAUCCAGCACUUUGAGAACAAUGUUCCCCAAAGACAAAUUGGAAGGAUUUUGGGCAUUUCACCCUCUACAGUGCUCAAUAUAGUUAAAAGAUUAAAGGAAUCUGGUCAAAUCUCGGUGCGUAAAGGGCAAGACGAAAACCACUUCUGAAUGCGUGCGAUCUCCGAUACCUCAGAUGUCACUGUCUCAAAAAAUAUCAUACAUCUGUAAUAGAUAUCAUGAACAUGGGCUUGGGAUUACUUUAGUAAACCUUUAUUAGUCAACCCCAUUUACCGCUGCAUCCACAGAUGCAAGUUAAGACUUUACUCUGCAAAGCAGAAGCCCUACAUCAACACUGUCCAGAAGGGCUGCAGACUUCUCUGGGCUCGGUCUCAUCUUAGACGGAAAGUAGAACAGCGGAAUCGUGUUUCUGGUCUGAUGAGUCCACAUUUCAAAUAGUUUUUGAAAAACAUAGCCAUCGUGUUCUCCGGGCCAAAGAGGAAAAGGACCAUCCAAGCUGUUAUCAGCGUCAGGUCCAAAAGCCAGUGUCUGUAUAGGCCAGGGGUGUGUCAGUGCCAUUGGCAUAGGUGACUUGCACAUCUGUGAGGGCACCAUUAAUGCAGACAAAUAUGUAACAAUUUUGGAGCAGCAUAUACUGCCAGACAGCACCGUCUUUUCCAGGGAUGUCCCGUAAUUUUCAGCAGGACAACUUCAAACCAUAUACUGGCUGAAUAAGCAGAAAGUGUGGGUACUAGAUUGGCCUGCCUGUAGUCCUGACAUCUUCAAUUGAGGAUGUGUGGCACAUUAUGAAGCGCACAAUACGUCAACAAAGACCCCGUACAAUUGUGCAGCUGAAGACCUGCAUAAUGGAUGAAUAGGGGAAAAAAAACUCCACUUUUUAAACUUAACAAACUUGUGUCUUCAGUGCCUAAAUGCUUAAUAAGUGUUAUUAGAAGAAAUGGUGAUGUUUCACAGUGGUAAACACUCGACUGUCCCAACUUUUUUGGAGCGUGUUGCAAUCAUCUGAUUUGAAAUAACUGCACAUAAAAAAAAAAAAAAAAACAAUGAAAUUCACAAGGCAAAACA